CGCUGAAGAUCCUAGCGGUAUUAUCUACAAUGUUACUGAUACCGCUUUUCUUACCGACCUUUAGUAUAUGUCAACUACCAUCAAAUCAGUUCCGACGGUGUACAACUGUUUACAGCAUACUGCCAACGAACUAGAAGUGGAAGUGAAUAGUGAGAGUGAAGGCGGUUUAUGAUUAGACCGCAGAGCCACACCGGUACCAUCUCUUCACUGACUACUACUACGCUACGGACUGCUUACCCCAGAAGCACAGUCCUGAAUGCACACCACUCGCCGUCGCGAUACACAUACACGGCACUGAUCUCAUCACCCAAAGCUUGCCCAUCUCCAGGAAAAGCGUUCCUGACAAAUCAGAACAUUCGCAAUCGAUCGAUUUGGCACCCCGAUACAUCAUCACGACGUCUGCGCACGCCCGUACAACGAGAGAAACCAUUCAUCGCCCCUCCCGUAAGCCGCGUGUUUCACCCAACUACCCAGGAUGAAGUAUAUUCACGCUAUCAUACUCACACUCAUCCUCGUCGCCUUCUUCUGCUGUUUCUUCGGUUACUGUCUGAUGAGGAGCUGUCGGCGGGCCGUUGAUCUGGAGUUCCAAGAAAUAGAUCACAUGCGAGAUGUUGAGGCGCAGGCUGGAGGAAGCGUUAGUGGAGGGGUGAGGAGCAAGGAUGGUAGUAAGACGAGGAGUAAAAGUGGAGGAGCAAAGAGUGCAGGAGCAAAGAGCGAAAACG